UCGAUGUAAAUGCAAAUCUAAAUUAGUUAUACAAGCUUUAAUGUUAAUUUUAUAAAUUUUAUUCGAGUUACUUUUUUUACGUCAUACAUGUGAAGGGGCCCUUUUUCCGAGCUCGCCUUGGACCCCGAAAUCUCAGGGCCGGCCCUGUUAAAUAACAUCUCGAAGCUAUACCUAAUCGAUAUACGUAUCCGCCUAACGUCGCAGCAAAUAUUUUUAGCGCGUAUGGUAAGUACGUGCUUGAAACGAAUUUACGAGCCUUGUUCCCUAAUCUGUUGCUAACGAAUGCAUGUAAAAAUCGAACGUUUUCCUCGACGAGAGCAUUGACCUUUUCACCGUCAUUCAUGACAUUGACACGGUACACGUGAUUGCCAAGCUCUUAAUUUAAAACACGAUUCAAGGUAGUUAGCUAAUAUUUGGCAGGGAAGAGGAAAACGACUAGACAGCUUGGCAUCGCUAGCAAUGAGCAAUGCCGCUGGCUUCUUUUAACUACAACGAAAACGAAUUUUCAAUUCCUAUUUUUAAUUUCGCAAGACGAGCGACCAACAUAACCCCUAAAAAUCAUACAGAUAACAGAAUUCAGAUAUGCAACGCUUAAUCGGCGAGCAUCGAUGAACCUAGAUUAUAUCGAUACUUAUCAUAGUCGACAGGUCGCACGUGACUGCCAAAGUCAAGUUCGAUAAAACUGGCAUCCAACUGAGUUUUAUCACAGACAAGGUCACCGUUUCUUUUUAAAUUUAUUUACUGUGAAUUUCGUGUGUUAAAUGAGAUCAUUGUGUCGUUUAAAAAAUUUUAAUUGCCAUCGUACGUCAUAACUUAAGUGUAUAUAACAGCAGUGCUUAAUCGACGUAAUGCGAUCCUCGUGAGUAAUAAGUAUGGCGCGUGUUUAAACGUAUACGAUACAAUAAAACGUAAACGUCUGCGUGUUAUUUAUCAUUCUCGAUCCAUUAGCAAGGCGUGCGUCAAAAACAAUUUUUUCAAAUCAACUUUCCCAGCAAUUUAACGACUAAACGAGAAAUUAUUUUAAGAUGAUCGUUACGUAUCCCAGUAGGGUUAGUCGCGUUUUUCAGCCGUCCUCUGGAAUCGAGGUUAAAACCGCGUUAUAUAUCGGACGAAGCCACAAAAUUGUCGCAAGUGUUACAGACUUGACAGUAUGUACGCAGUACAAUGAAUACCUAAAAGUAACUGAUCAGCUGUGGUAAAUUCGAGGGUUAAGUAGAAAGAGAACCGGUGAAAGAAACCUAAAACGUUUAUUGUUGUUUCCUUACGCGAAUCUCUACGAUCAAGUCGAUUUAGAAUUCUUUCAAAUUCGCUACGUGUCAUAGUCGAUGACGUAAUUGGUGCGCUUACCAAUAUCGAAUUUAAACAAGCACAGAUUCUGGUAGUAGGAAGCAACGUGUACCUCCUGUAAAAGUUGCUCAUAAAAAUAGUUACAACGAAAGUGAGGCAAUGCCUCAGUGCUCACGACUCCAACAGGAGGCAAUAAAUUGUAAGGAUAAUCGCAAGAAUGUUGCGAAACAAACUUCCAAACAGAAAACCCAGAAUGAUCGCAAAACAAAAAAGAAAAAGAAGAAGCAAAAUGAUAAAGAAAAUCCAAGUAUAGUUUAUUCUGAGGAGACCAAAGAAAAUGAAACUGAUGUUAAAAAAUCGAAAUCCUUGAAAGAAAAGGAGACAUUUCCAAAAUAUAUACCUACAAGUAAAAUCGAUGAAAUUUUAAUGCUCAAAAAUUCAAUGGAUGUACAGUAUGUAGAAGGAUAUCUGCGUAUUAAUUCUAGAUAUAAUAAGCAUGCUUAUUUAUCUUUAUUCGACGAUCAGUGCGAUCUACUGAUAAUUGGUAUAAGAGACCGAAAUCGUGCCUUGGACGGAGACUUUGUUGUAGCUCGUAUAAAUCCUCCAGAAAAAUGGCGCACGCAUCAAGGACAGAUACAGAAAACAGGCAUUGUUAUUUGUAUAAGAGAAAAAAUACAUUCAAGGAAAGCGGUUGGAUGCUUAAGACAAAGGGAUUCGUCCGUAUUUUUUUAUCCUAGAGAUCAACGCGUUCCGUUGAUUAAAAUACAUCGGGAAUCGUUGGAACGAUUCGCUGCAGAUUUAAACUGUUGCGAUGAUACAUUAUAUCUCGCUGUUUUAACUAACUGGGUGAAGCCUCAAUUUGCGUUUGGAAAAAUUGAAAAAGUAGUCGGAAGUAUAGGUGAUGUAGAAGUUGAGUCUAAUGCAAUAUUACUUGAACAUGAUUUGGAUGUAACACCUUACAGCCUUGAUGCAAUAGAAGGGCUUCCUAACAGCGACUAUUCAUUAACAGAGGAUGAUUUAAAAGAUAGAGAAGAUUGGAGAGACGAAUGCGUGUUUACCAUAGAUCCGUCCACAGCAGUUGAUUUAGAUGAUGCAGUUUCUUGCAAACUUUUAAAAAAUAAAAAUUAUGAAAUCGGUGUACAUAUAGCGGACGUUACUCAUUUCCUUGAUUUUGCAUCGCCGUUGGAUGUCCAAGUUUCAAAACGAGCAACAACCAUUUACAUGGCGGAUAAUGUAUACCAUAUGUUACCAAAACAGUUGUGCCAAGUAUGUUCCCUACUACCAGGCCAAGAUAAAUUAGCUUUCUCUGUUAUUUGGGAAUUGACAGAAGAUGCUAAAAUUGUCAGUCAUCGUUUCGCUAAAACUGUAAUAAGGUCGUGUUGUCAAAUGGCGUAUCAACAUGCACAGAAAUUCAUUGAAAAUCCAGAAAAAAAAUGGCCUAAAAAUUUCUUAAGUAUAAGCGGAAAUUUUACUCCUGACGAUUUAUCGAGAAAAGUAAACAUUUUAAAUAAUUUAGCCGUUCAGAUGCGUAAUAAAAGGUUUGAAAAUGGAGCACUACGAAUAGAUCAACCAAAAUUGCAUGUUACAAUUGAUAGGACCACGCGUUUACCAGUAUCGUACAGUAUAGAAGAACAGCGAGAUAGCAACAGACUUAUAGAAGAAUUUAUGUUGUUAGCUAACAUGACGGUUGCCACUCAUUUGUAUGAUACCAUUCCCGAAACCGCUUUGCUACGUAAUCAUAGAGAACCAUCGCAGCGUGUUCUCAAUACGACCAAAGAAACUCUGCAAAGAUUUGGAAUUCAUUUGGACGUUAAAUCGUCUGCUUCCUUGCAUGCCAGUAUCAAACUUUACGAAGAAGAGAUAGAUUUUCAAAGUAGCGAGUCUAAAACUAUGACGAAGUACAGAAUGAUGGUCAUCAACAGUCUUUGUUCCAAAGCUAUGGCACGUGCGACUUACAAGUGUUCCUCGACUGUUAACACAGAGGACGACUUGAAGCAUUACGCUUUAAAUGUGGCCCUUUACACGCAUUUUACUUCUCCGAUUAGACGGUAUUCGGAUUGUGUAGUACAUCGUUUGCUAUAUUGGACUAUGCAAAACGUAACAUUGCCCGAGAAAUGGUCGGAAAAAUUGUGCAAAGAAAUAGCAGCAAUUUGUAACAUCAAAAAGUAUAAUGCAAAAAUGGCUCAAGAACGUAGCAAUGAAUUGUACUUUACGUACUUCGUGGAUUUGAACGGUCCUAUGAUCACUAUAGGCAUCGUGUUGAACGUAACAGAAAAUUUUAUAGACGUUAUACUAUGCCAUGUUGGUAUAAAGUUAAGGAUUUCUCUUUCAGAGUUACGGAGUUCGGCGGAUAUUGAAUAUUCUUCAGAGUAUUCAGUUCCGACGAUACGUAUUUCUUGGAAAGAAACGUCUGCUAGUCAGGUAAUAAAUGUUUUUACUUUAUUGUAUUUGCAAGUUGAAAAGCAUCCCGAGUUUUUUCAACUGAUUGGUACCAUUCUACCACCGAAUGAGGAGGAAAUAGAAUCGUAACAAUUUAUGUUGUGAAUCAUGUUUUUUUUUAUACGAUAUUUACAUGAAAUUCAUAUUUUGGACUAUAUACAUUUGAUGGAUGUUACGUUGAAUUUUAAGUGGCUGCUUAAAGACAAGUGGAUCAUGAUUAGAUAUAAAAGAGACAUUAUUUUGUAAUGAUAUUUUAGAAGAUGGAUCAUUCGAAACAGGUAAAAAAGAAAUAUAUGAAAUUUCUUCUCAA